AUGCAGCUUGUCUCAAUUGUUGUCGCGAUGCUGGCUGCCACUAAUGUCCAGGCUGCGGCCAUGGAAAAGUGGUGUGCCUACCCCGGCCAGGGCUGUAGCGUCAUGAAACGUGCCGCCGAUGCCACCAAUGAUAUCAAGCGCUCUGCUGAGGCCCUUGCGAAGGCCAUGCCUGAUGCCUCUCCUGAUGCUCUUCAAAAAUGGUGCUACCUCCCCGGACAGGGUUGCCAUAAGAUCAAGCGAGCUGCUGAAGCUGUCAAUGAUGUCAAGCGUUCCGCUGAAGUUAUGGCUGCAAUCGAUGAGGAAUAA